AUGAAAUUUGGCGCUAUGAUCGUCCAACUUAAAAGAUUUGUUUUACCAUUCUGCAAGGUGGGUAAAGUUGGGAAGGUUUGUGCACAGUUCGUUAGACAUGAUUCUUCGCAAGCUUCGUCUAAAGUUUUAGAACAUCUAAAUAGUAGAAGUUUAUUACGAAUUAGAGGCAGAGAUGCUUCAAAUUUCCUACAAGGAUUAAUUACAAAUGACAUGAAGCAUAUUGAAGAAGGAGCAGCUAAUUUGUAUGCACUAUUUCUAAACAUUAAGGGUAGAGUGAUGUAUGAUGUUAUUAUAUAUAAAAGUCAUGAAGAUGAUGUAUUUUAUAUUGAAUGCGAUUCCAAAGCUGUAGAUCCAUUGCAAAAACACUUGAAAAUGUACCGUGUCAGAAGGAAGAUAGACAUAGAUAACAUAGAAAACAACAUAAAUGUUUGGGCACUAUUUGAUACUUCACAAUAUUUAAAUAAGAAUGAUGCUGACAGUAACAGGCAAAAGCUUGAGGGUGCAAUAUUUCCAUGUGGUACCCUGAAUAAUAAGUCAAGCAAAGUAGUAGAUAAUAUUAUGAUGUAUGAAGAUCCUAGACUUGCAGAUUUAGGUAUCAGAAUAUUAGCAGAAUCAAACAUUGAAAGAAGUGAUAUAAAAAAGCAUUUGAAUUUCAAUGCAUUAAUGUCAAAUAAUCCAUUAAGUUACAAAGCAUUUCGUUAUACACUUGGGAUAUCUGAAGGUGUCGAUGAUUUGCCACCGGGGAAGCCUUUACCUUUAGAAGUAAAUUGUGAUUAUUUACAUGGAGUUAGUUUUCAUAAGGGUUGUUAUAUUGGUCAAGAGUUAACAGCACGUACUUAUCACACUGGUGUAGUUAGAAAACGUAUAAUGCCUUUAUUAUUUGAAGAGCUUUCUACUAAAUCUUUUUCAUAUGAUGAAAAAAUUAUAGACGAAUCUGGUAAUGUAGUCGGUAAAUUUAGGGGAAAUGAAAAAGAACAUGGUUUGGGCUUAAUGAGAAUUACUGAAGCUCUUAAUGCUAAGUCUCUUACUAUGUUAGAUAUGAAACUAAAAAUAUCAAAACCAAUAUGGUGGCCACAAGAAAUACAAAAAGAAAGUGCUUCUGCUAAUAAAAAAUCAUAA